AUGCUUUCUCUUACUACAAGUAACGAUACCACGCUUACAAAUAGCGAUACAAUGGAAAAGAACGAUGCGGAAAUGUAUGCGUCUUCUAAUUCGGUUGAAAGUGGAGACGAGAAAACUAAACGGCCUUCUCCAAGUCCUCCCAUUUCCAAAGGUCCUUCUAAAUCUCAUCGAGUUCAAGAGUUUCAACCUCUUAAAUGCCGGUGUGAAAGAACAUUCGUCGGCAUUGCUGAAUUCGUUCUUCAUGCCCAGACUUGCCCAGAAUUGAUGGUUUCAACCGAAAAUGCGGUCGACCUUAGUUUUCAAUCAAAGAGACCGGAUAUCAAUAAACUCACAACUCUAGCAAUGAGUGAUGCUCUUGACUUGACAGUUCGGGGUUCUGAAUCUGCCACGAAUUUGGGUCAGAACGCAACAAACCCAACGUUAUCCUGUCCAGAAUGCAAAAUAGUAACAGCCAACCACAUGCAACUUCUUCGUCAUUUUGAAUCAGCCCAUGGAGCAUAUGGAAACUAUGCUUGCCCAUGUGGAGUGGAAUUUGGUUGGCUUCCUGCCUACCUGAGUCACUAUCUUCUCUGCCCAUUGGCAGCAUCUAAGAAACCUCAUUCAGGGUCUUUCGACAAUAGCUUCAUAAAAAAGCACAUUUCAAUGCAGUUCAAGCCAAGUAAACCACCGAUUGUGGGCAACCAACAAACACAACCUGAUCUUUCCCGGCCCUUUAAGUGUUGUCAUUGUGUUAAGUCCUUUAAAUCAAAGGCUCUAUUAGAUCAACAUAUGCAUAUUCACUACCCACCAAAAUAUACUUGCCGCUAUUGUGCAAAGAAGUACCGAUGGCCUCCAGUUUUCUACCACCAUCAAAGAACCUGCAAGAAGCGUCCUGCAGUUCCAACUGCAACCUCGACUGGAAACAGUUCUGCCAUCGGCAGAGCAUCUGAACCAGUUCAAAGUCGUGGUUACGCCUCCAGAACAACACAAGCAUCACCAUAUCAGUUUCCACCGAUACCUCCUCCGACAUCUUUACCCAUUCCGCCUCCAUUCCUUCUCAACUCCUCCAAUCAAGAACAAAGACCUCCAAAUCCCUCAAGUCUUCUUUUGCCACCUCCACCUUCAUCAAAUAUUGUCAGACCUUGGGAGAGAAAGGAAGGAGGUGCCAUCUUGAAUAUGUCACCCUUUCGACUCCCAUCUUUUCCUCUUCCGUUAGGAGCGAAUCCUGAACUUCUUCGAUUUCCAGGAACACCUUCAUUGCCCUUACCGCCACCGCCUCCUAUGCUCCCAUUCUACUCAGCUUUUGACAAUCAGACUCCGAAUCUCUGUUCCGAAGGGGCUAAUGUCACGGACACUUCCAAUUCCCCUGUCACAUGCGUCUGUGGAACGAACUUCGACGGUCUCUCGCCUUAUCUAAGCCACAUUGCAACCUGCCCUCUAUUUGGAAGAGCUUUGAGUAUUCCACCUCCUCAACUAGACGAUACUAACCCAGCUCUCUUCUUGGCAAAUAUGAUCUCUGUCCUUGAAAAGUGCAAACCAGAGUUUUUUCAACAGUUCUUAAAUCGAAAUUCACCUCGGAUAAGUCAGACACAAGGUGAGGCUUUAGAUAUGGCAGGCGGUAAUUCAUGCGACCAAUGUGGAAAGGAAUUCUCCUCGAGACUGUCUCUGAAACAGCAUGUGGAGGGAAAGCACAGUACUGAGGGUAAGUAUCAGUGUCCAGGUUGUGCGAAGCGGUAUCGAUGGGGAGCAUCUUAUUACUAUCACAAGAAAUCCUGUCCUGCUGUUUCAAACAGAGACGACGAAGACAUUCCACUGGAUGAGGUACUUGAAGGUUCACCCUCAAAUCUAAUUAAUUCGGAGGAGAGUGAAGUGUGUUCUGCGAUGCUCUUCCAUUCAGCAGCAAAGGAACUACUGGAACAUCAGCAAGAAUUCCAAGAAACCGACCCAGACAGCAGCAAUGUGAGUUCCGUUGAUUAA